ACGAGUCGCCCUUGGUUGCCUUGGUUAUGAAUUGGACACUGUUAUUAACCAGGAUCGUGGGACCUCCAUCUGUGUACAGCAGCUUGAAAGUUUGCAGCCUGAACAGGUUAUGCAGAGAGGUCUGCUGAACCAUCGUGUUCCAGAGCCUGGAAUAUUUAGCUCGAAAACCAAAGCGUUGGCGUGAAAUGUGAGCUAGCCAAUAGAAAGGAAGCCAUCGGAUGCAGUAAAGCUAAAAUUCAGGAACCUGGAGUUCAUGGGAGUAAAGUGCUUCAGGGAGAAGGUUGACGCCAGGAAGUGAACGCUCGUUGAUGGGUGCUUCUGAGGAAAGAUACUGCAACUGUGACGUCAUCAGUUCAAGUAAGGAACUCCCGACUUGCACCUGGUGAGGAUCCCUUCGGCCGCGCCUCCAGCUCCAGAUCCCAACGUCUCUCUCUGCAACUCUUUUCUCCAAAUAAAGGGUACAAUGUUGGCUGUGCUGAUGGUGUUGACGGCAUGGCCCUUGUCACCCUCACUGACUGAAAUAAUCACGAGCCAUUUUUACGAAGUCAAGGUCUCCAAGGCAACGAUAAUGGCGUCACGGACUCUGCAAGUCGUGCAGCCUGUCUCGAAGCUUCCCCCCUCACUUCGGUGCUCCUCCGUCUGCAACGUGGACCUGUUGUGCCAGGUGUGGUGCCACGAAGCUUCCUCUGAGGAGUGCCUCUUAUCCGACAUGUAUGUGAUGCCAACCUACAGGGAGACCAACCUGGGUGACACAGUCAUGUGCAACACCAAACGGCACUAUGACCUCGCGACCGGGGCCUUCUCCAUCACCGCCACUCCUUCUGACCCCAGGGCAUCCUUGAGAGUAAAGGACAAUCUCAUAGACGGGAUCUACGACCGGAUGACGAUGAACCAGUGCUACUUGGGGGACUCCAGCUCAACCAAGCCAUGGCUCUACUUAGACUUCGGCGAAGUAAUCUCCUUCCGUGUUGUGAAGCUGGUUACGCAAUCAGGAGGUCACCGUCAUCACCUAAACCUAUUUCAAGGCCUUGAGGUGAGAGCUGGCAUGGAGGCUGUGGAAACACCUGGCAACUUCAGCUCAUAUGCCAGGGUUGCCAGCUUUGCAGGUCCUGCCACUGACUUCGACCAAGAGGUUUUCCUUGAGGCACCGGAGCCCGUCAAGGCCAGAUUCAUUUCAGUUCAGAAGAUGGCGAGCAUGACGAUCCAGAUUUGUCACUUGGAAGUAUUUUAAGAAAACAUAUGUAUAAUCAUUUUAUGCUGAUAUUUACGUAACUGCACUAAAUCCCUUACACAAUAAAAAUCACUGACCCGUAACCGCAAUCAAGGCCAUGCUUCUUUUGGAAAUGGUUUUCAUGCUUGAAUGUUAACCAUGCAUAUAUAUCUGCUGUUUACUGACAGAUAUUAUUUCCAAAUCAUAAAUCACACAUGCAAUUAUAACUUUAACGAUUUCAGAAUUUAGAAAAAUCUCAUAGUCUCACAGUUGUGCUUGUUUAUGCACAUAUUAGUAUGUCUGUAUUUUGUUUAUAACACGGGGGUAAAUUUUCCCUAAUGCCCGAAGGGCCUCAGAGAACCUGCAUCACCAUUUCCAGACUUUAUACUGUUGUUUUCGCUAGCAAGUUUUUCAGACUGGGCAGUUGGUGAAGAACUUGACAGUUUGUACGAAAAACAAUGAAUGGUGGGUUAAAGACAAUUAUAUAAUUAUAUACAUAUAAAUUAGUAUAGAGAGUUUACUCGGCCAUUGCAAUUGCAGGACCGUUCAAAUGGGUGUACGGAUAAGUAUAAUUUUGACCUUUCCUGUCUGGACCACGUUAGUAACGUGUCGGCAGCUCAUCCGAGGGAUCGGCGGUUCGCGUCCCGCUCUGGCGUGAGAAGUUUCAGACUGUCGUCUGGAGGUUAUCGCUGUGGCUGGGCAUCGCGAUGUUUAAAGACAAAGCUUAGUCGAGUCAACACCAGCUGGCCCACGGUGUUCGAGUCGGCAUUAGUUGGCACAGUCAUAGGCAUAGCCUGUGCGAGACUCAGCCUCGCAUAUAUGACUUAUGACAAUACGACUGCCAUUGUACUAUGUGUGGGGUUUUCGUCCGGCUAAAAAUGGGCAGAGUCUGCCGGAAUUUCUCGCCUGAUGAGUUUUUGGAGCAGUUCAUUGGACUUUACAGGAGAAUUCCUGUAAAAGUGGGUUGUCUGGUACCUGAGCAAUGAGGCGAAGGAUGCAGUAAGUAAUGCCAUCCUCGCCAGGGGCGGUUGCCUUACCUUUCAGAAGGCAUUACACAAUUCCCACUCGGAUAUUUCGGCAAAGCCAGAGGGAUCAGUAGUAGUACAGGCUACUGAUAUAUUAAAAUUUCAAUCAAUUUUCAACUUGAGCUGAUCUUUUAUCCCGUGUGGAAGUGAAUUCAACUGAGGAUUCCCGGCCCACUGCUCUUGCACAGCAUAAGGGCCUGCUCUUGUGGGCUGUGAAACUGCGGUGUUGUGAGAGCUUUACCUGUCAGCCUACUAUUUUUUCUCCGUACGUCAGCUACAGAAAUUUGACUAUUGAUGCUUUGCAAGAAUUGUUCCUCGUGAUUACCACGAAUCUGAGUUUUUAAUUCUCUGAAUUCCUUGUUGGCUUUAAGAAAUUGCAUAGGAUUAUCUAAUAUCUAUAACAAUUAGCAUGCUCCUGAACCCGUUUAUGUUCCUUGGCCAGAAUUGGGUCAAUGAUCCACGUCGGUGCAUGGAGGCCUGGGACCUCAUUUUCUUCGAGAGUCAGUGACAACUUUGAUUAGGUCCUGAGAGAAAUUUCAAUAGUUAUUCCAUAGGUGUUAUACCAGUC